GGAUACAAUGCGAGUGUGAGCUGUGCAGGCGGCCGAGGGUGAGGCACCGGCACCGGGGGAGGAGGAGGAGGAGGAGGAGGGCGGCGAGGGCGACGCCAUGGACAAUCAGUGCACUGUACAGGUUAAAUUGGAACUAGGCCAUCGCGCCCAGCUUCGGAAAAAGCCCACCACUGAAGGAUUCACCCAUGACUGGAUGGUGUUCGUCAGAGGACCAGAACAGAGCGAUAUUCAGCACUUUGUGGAAAAAGUGGUUUUUCGAUUGCACGAGAGCUUUCCAAAGCCCAAGCGAGUUUGCAAGGAACCACCUUAUAAAGUAGAAGAGUCUGGCUAUGCUGGAUUUAUUAUGCCAAUUGAUGUCUACUUCAAGAACAAGGAAGAACCCAAGAAAGUCUGUUUCACAUACGAUUUGUUCCUGAACCUGGAAGGGAACCCACCUGUGAAUCACCUACGUUGUGAGAAACUCACCUUCAACAACCCAACCAAGGAAUUUCGACGUAAGCUUUUGAAGGCAGGAGGGGUUAUGGUAAUGCCUGAAGGAACUGACACAACCUCGAGACCAAGUCCGGACUAUCCCAUGCUGCCCACAAUUCCUCUGUCUGCAUUCUCUGAUCCAAAGAAAAGCAAACCAUCUCAUGGGUCAAAGGACACAAAUCGAGAAAGCAGCAAGUCAUCAAAACCUCACAAAGUCACAAAAGAGCACAGGGAACGGUCAGCAAAAGACUCUGAGAGCAAGCCCACCGUAAAAGAACCUGAAAAGGAACACAGUAAAUCAUCCAAGGAGUCAUCGCGAAAAUCAGCAGAAAGUAAGACGUCAAAGGAAGAAAAGGCUACUCCAAAGGCAACUUCCAAAGAACCAAAACCUGCCUUCAAGGAGUCUAAACUAGAUAGCAUGUCACCCAAGGGAGGAGGGAACCCCCAUCAAGAAUCAAAGCCCAGUAUUAAGAGGCCCUCCAAUGCAGAUUCACUGAAGGCCAAUGCCAAAAAACAAAAGAAAAGCACUUCUGAGACAUCAAAAAGUUUCCCAAGUGUCUCACCAAGAAUUUCUUCUUCUUCAUACUCGGAAAAAAAACAGUUGAAGGAAAAAGAAAAGGAAAAAGUGAACGUUAAAAUAGAGAAAGUUAAAUCUGAAAGUAGUGUGAAAGAGGUUAAGAAGGCUGUGGAUUCAGAUGACUGUAAUUCAGAAGAUGAAGUGGUGUCCAAAUCCGAGUCUAUACGGACCAGUCAGUCCAACUCAAGCUCAAGUUCAGAUUCUAGCUCAGAUUCUGAUUUUGCACCAUCUCAAAACCACAGACAAGGGCCCCUGCGGUCCAUGGUGGAGCAGAUCCAGUCCGAAGGUUCUGACGAUGACAGCAGCUCUGAGGAGGAAAGGCCUGUAAAAAACAUCGCAGUUAGCAGAGAUCACAGAUUGAGUUUAAGUGAUGACAGUGGAAGUGAAAGCAGUGAGAACUCCAAUGUCAACACCCUGGACCAGCCUCCAAUUCAAAAACACAUAGCCACCAGCAACAAGACAUCUGGCAGAAAAAGCCCUGAAAACUGUGAAAAACCUGAAAAGCUAUUUAAAAAAGGAUUGCAAGACAAGUCAUAUACAGAAGAAUUGGUAGAUCUUCAUCGCAGGUUGAUGGCAUUACGAGAACGCAAUGUGUUGCAACAGAUUGUAAACCUUAUUGAAGAAACAGGACAUUUCAAUGUUACAAACACAACUUUUGACUUUGAUCUUUUCUCAUUGGAUGAAUCCACCGUCCGUAAGCUACAGAGUUACUUAGAGGCUACAGCAACAUGACGAGACUUGGGUCUUCAACGCAGACUGUAGUAUUUUUAAUUAAGACAUUGGACUUUAGUCCCUGUAUGAUGGAAAGCGCAGCCUAUGAGAUGAGGAGCGGCAAUGUUACUGGAUAUUGAACACUUUCUGUCUCAAAGCUGAGGCUCAAGUUAAAACCAUCUCUGCAUGGGAUUAAGAAAGUCAUUGUCAAAAUGUAAAUUUUAUCACCAUUUAUCAGUUCCUGAAAACAUAGCUAUUCUAUUAGGUCGGGCAGAGAUAAAGAAAGAACACUGAGUGACUUUCUCCUCUUAGAGGUCUUCACCUCUUCAUGCUACCAGAAGAACACAGGAAAGAAACAUUUUUUAAGAAGCAUUUGAUGGGACUUUUGUUUUAGUUUAGUGAAUUUGUGUGAAAUUUUACCUGAAGACUAUAGAAGUAAUGUAUAUAUUCUGAAAAGAACAAAUGAGCUACAUCCCUGAUGUGAACCGAAGAAUUCUGUGGUUUCUAAUAAAAUACCAAACAUUACAAUUU